AAUCAUUUCCAACAUUUUCUUCUCCUAUAUCCAUCUUGAUCACCAAAAUAACACAAAGAUAAAAAAAUAUUAAUAAUAACCCUGAUCCGAUCGAACCUACAUCAAAAAAGAAAAAAGAAAAUGCAAUACAAAAACCUUGGUCGAUCUGGGCUAAAGGUAUCCCAGCUAUCCUAUGGCGCCUGGGUAAGUUUCGGCAACCAAAUCGAUGUCAAAGAAGCCAAAACCCUUCUUCAAUGCUGCCGUGACAACGGCGUAAACUUCUUUGAUAACGCUGAAGUUUACGCCAACGGCAGAGCUGAAGAGAUCAUGGGUCAAGCCAUCCGAGAACUCGGGUGGAAAAGAUCAGACAUUGUUGUGUCUACAAAGAUCUUUUGGGGCGGGCCUGGCCCGAAUGACAAAGGAUUGUCAAGAAAACACAUAAUUGAAGGUACCAAAGCUAGUUUGAAAAGAUUGGAUAUGGAGUAUGUUGAUGUGAUUUAUUGUCAUAGGCCUGAUUUGUGUACUCCAAUUGAGGAAACUGUAAGGGCUAUGAAUUAUGUGAUUGAUCAUGGUAUGGCUUUUUAUUGGGGGACUAGUGAGUGGUCUGCUCAGCAGAUUACUGAGGCCUGUGAGAUUGCGAAAAGGUUGGAUCUUGUUGGUCCUAUUGUUGAACAGCCCGAGUAUAAUAUGUUUGCCAGGCAUAAGGUUGAGAAUGAGUAUCUUCCUUUGUACAACAACUACGGGAUUGGGUUGACAACUUGGAGUCCACUUGCAUCUGGGGUUUUGACUGGGAAAUACAAUUCAGGAGUUCCAGCUGAUAGUCGGUUUGCAUUGGAGAAUUACAAGAACUUGGCAAGCCGAUCGUUAGUGGAUGAUGUGCUCAAGAAAGUUAGGAACUUGAAACCACUUGCAGAUGAACUAAAUGUUCCCAUGUCUCAGCUUGCAAUUGCAUGGUGUGCUGCAAACCCUAACGUCUCAUCAGUUAUUACCGGUGCUACCAAGGAGUAUCAGAUUGUAGAGAACAUGAAAGCUAUUGAUGUCAUUCCUAAGCUUACACCUGAUGUGAUGGAGAAGAUCGAAGCUAUUGUUCAGAGCAAACCAAAGAAGCCAGAAUCAUUUAGGUGAAGAAAUCAUUAGCAAAUUAUCCUAUUCAUGGCUAAAACAUUAGAUGUGAACGUCUGUUACUCUUGUUAAUUAUUUUCAGAUUUCAAACUUCAAAGAGUGUGUUAUAAACAUACCCUCAUUUAAAACUUUAUUAGUCUGUUGUGAACCCUGUAUCUUCUUUAGGGUGGUUAUCAGUCUAUUACUUUGUGAUAGCGAGUCAAAAGGGUUGAUGAUUGAAUGAAUGAUGGGUGCAUUUCCUUUCGGUAUCAAGUUGCUUGUAACUUGUUGACUAAAUAAAUUAAAAGCAUUCUGUCGUGGGGUUUCUUAGAA